AUGUCUGAUGAGAACCAAACAACUGCUCCUGCUCCUGCGCCAGACAGCAAGGAGCAGCAGACCACAGUAAGUAAAGUGGCUGGUCUGCCCUUGUUCAAGUCUACUUAUGACAUGGUAUUGUCUACCCUGACUUCUGCCAAAGAAACCCAGCCAUCAAUCAAAUCUGUGUGUGAGGCAGCAGAGGAAGUGACUGCCAUGGCUGGUGAAGCUGUCACUAGUGCACAGCUGGCUGUAACUGAUCUAGAGCCUCAAAUUGCAAUUGUAAAUGAAGGUGGUUGCAAGGGCCUGGAGAAACUGGAGGAGAAGCUGCCAGUCCAAGAGCCAGCAGAUAAGGAUCUCUUGGACACCAAAGAGCUGGUGUCGUCCAAAGAGGUGGAUGCUGUGAGCAGCAGCAUGACCAAGGUGGUAGAUGUAACCAAGGAGACUCUUCAGAGCAGCAUAGAGGCUGUGAAAUCAAUGGUGACCAGUGGCAUGAGCACAGUCAUGGGCUCCACAGUGGGUAAAAUGACUAUGAGUGGAGUGGAAGCUGUGCUGGAGAAAUCUGAGGAUCUGGUGGAUCACUACCUCCCCAUCACAGAUGAGGAACUAGCAAGCUUAGCUGAAUCUGUGGAGGGAGCUGAAGAGUCUGCUGUCCAGGGCUACUUUGUGCGGCUGGGCUCCUUGUCAGCUCAGCUCCGCCAACGUGCCUACCAGCAUUCUUUGGGCAAAGUGAGACAGGCCAAGCAGGGCAUGCAGGAGACCUUCCUACAGUUUCAUGAAGUCCUUGACCUGAUUAACUCUAUCAGGCAGAAUGUUGAUCAGAAGCUUCAGGAUGGCCAGCAGAAGCUGCACCAGAUGUGGCUUGACUGGAGCAGCAAGCAGCCAGAAGGAAGUAGUGAUGCAGUCUCUACAGAGCCAAAGCAGGUGGAGUCUCAUACUCUGGCCAUGUCUCAGAGCAUCACUCAGCAGCUGCAGGACACCUGUCAGACCCUGAAGACCAGCAUCCAGGGCCUCCCUUCCAGCCUACAGGAAAAGGUGCAGCAGGUUCUCAAGAACUUAGAAGACCUCCACAAUUCCUUCUUUGCUGCCAAGUCCUUCCAGGACCUACCAAGCAUCACCCAGAGCCAGGAGAAGAUAACCAAAGCCCAGGAGUACAUAGAUGAGCUGCUUGAGUAUGUAGAGCACAACACUCCUUUCUCUUGGCUGGUGGGACCCUUCACCCCAUCUGGCAGAGCCUAUGUAACACCACAGGAGGAGCCUGAGAAAGAAGUGGUGGCUCAGAAGGCAGACUAG